AAAUGUUUGUUUCCAUCUCUUCUAUCCCUCCCUUUCCUGGUUACGCAAACACAGCGCGGGAGGGACAGUCCGGACUGGCUUGCGGGCGAGAGCGGAGCUGCGGAGAGAGCGCGCAAAACGCCUUCCUUUUUGCCGGCUGCGGGGAAAACACUUAAGCAGUAUUGACUUCAGUAUGGACCGAUAUGAAGAUAUAUCUGAUUGUGAAGUGGAUCACUCUUUCUUUGAUAGCGAUUUUGAAGAAGAGGGGAAGAAAGACAGAGCAACAACAGAAAUAAAUAAAAUGGAAAGUUCUGGGCCUGCACAAAUAAAAUGUUCAGUUACAGAUGAUUGUCAUUUGAAACAGGAAGCCAAAGUGAUGGAGGAUAACAGUAUUGAGGAAGAAAAGCAAGCUCAACAGGUAGAAUCUCAAAAGGAACUCAUGUUAGGCAAUGGUGCUCAUAAUUCAAAUAAUGUUCUUCCUUUGUUAUCUUCUUUAAACCUGGAGGAUCCAGUUGAUCGAAUCACAGCACAAAAUGAACAAACCCUUCAUGAAAACAUUCCAGUGCAAACUCCCUUAAGAGAGAAAGAAUGUGAAGAAAAUUACUACACAGAUGAAGAAGACAGUAGUGAUGAUGGCAGAAAUCAGAGAGUUAGACAUAAAUUCUCUAAACAGCCUCAUGGUACAAAGGUUAAUAGGAAUGUUAGUUCUUUGUCCUCCUCUUCCUCAUCUUCUAGUUCUGAUACAGAUUAUUCAGACACAGGAUCUGAUGGUUGCCUGUCAGACUCAUCAUGUUCUUCAGAAAAGAAAAACAUAAGAUCACCACUUCUUUCAUCAGAACAACAAUUAAGCCAAGGAAAAAAGUCAGUGGAAGUAAAAUCAAAAUUGGGUGACCAGACAGAAGAGUCUGAAGAUACAGUUACUGAUGUAACUCCUCUGUCAACCCCAGAUAUCAGUCCCAUCCAAUCUUUUGAAGUGGCAGCAUCCAAUGAUAAGAAAUUUAAGGUUAAAAGACAACAAAAUGUGAGCCAGGAGUUAUAUGAACCUGAGGUAGAUCACAAAUGUCUUCAAAAGGUACUACAUGAAGCUAUGGACUUGAAUAACCUUUUGAAAGCUUUUCUGCAGUUGGAGAAAAAGGAUCAACAAGAACUGGCGUUGAAUCAGUCUUCUCUAGGAUCAAGGAAAAACUAUUCAUUCACAAAUGACGAAGUACGACAAAUUGAUCGGGAAAACCAAAGGCUUUUAAAAGAAUUGACAAAACAUUCUGCAAAACCCAGAAACAAAAGUGCCUCCAUGAAGAAACCUUCAGGCUCAGCACCUAAAAUGUACCACAGUGCCAUCAACAGGCAGAAGGAACAGCAGAGGAUCGACAGAGAGAAUCUGGCUUUUUUUGAAAAGACUUGAAGCAGUGAAACCAACUACUGGCAUGAAGCGCUCAGAACAGCUCACUGACUACCAGCGGCAGAUGGGCUAUUUUCGCAGUCCUGGAACUCCCAGGCGAGGAAAGUCUGCCUUGAAUCAUCAGAGUCCAUCUAGAGGUACAUCCCGAACUUCCAGUCAUAGUACAUCCAGUACUAUAAAUCGAAGGAGUGAAAAACCAGUUUUUGAUAAAUGGUGCACUGCAGCAGUUGAACCCCAGUAACAUUCAUGGCGCCUGGUUAUAAAUAAUUUGCACUUUGCUAUCAGAUUUUAAACUGAUGGUUUGGGGAUUACUGUAAUUCUGUGCAGGACUGUUGUAAUAUUGAAUAAUUAAAAUACUGGAAAGUAUUAUUAACUAUAAA